ACGCAGUAAGUUCUCGAACCUUUGAAAUUUCUUUUAACGUGCUAUACAAUCAUACACGUUGAUACGUGCACGACAAUAAACUCUUCAUCUUCAAACGGCCACUAUUUCGCGAAUUAAAAUGAAAUUAGGUCAAAGAGUUACGGGUGAUUCCGUCUGUUAAAAAAUUCAUCCUUUAAGUAAACCCGAAAGGUCGAUCUUAAAGUCGCACAUUUGGCCUUCUGCAAAAUUGUUUCUGUCUGUCCCUGUAGGUCUUGAAAGGGGAUCGAUGUUUUGACACGACGCCACAGUCCAAGGAUAAUCCUUUAAACGAGCACAACGGGUGGUCGUCGCGAGUCACCUUGCUUGCAGGACCUGCUCGAGCCAUCUUCUCCGAGGACUAUGUUAAUCCUAAAGCGAUGGAGCAACGCACAAUGGCACCUCUCCUUAAAUAGGAUUAUAUUAAGCUGUUUCACUGGCGAUGAAUGGCGAGUCAAAUGGAGGAUCGUCGAGGAUGUUUUGGUAGGCGCGACUACGUGGGCCUACGGCCGAUGUUACGGCCGAUGGCACGGACUAUGUGCUGUUGCUGUUGCUGUUGCCGUUGCUGCCGUUGCUGCCGUUGCUGCUGCUGUUGCUGCUUGCUACUUCUGCUGUUGGCUGUACGUUUACGUUGCUAAGGUGCCAUCGUUGAAGAGGAGGAAGUAGACGGUUGACAGGUGAAUGGUCCUGCCAUAUCUCGAUGCUCACCCGUCCGACCACCUUCGAGCGGUUUUCCCACAUUCCGCGAUAUUCCUUUCUCUCCUUUUUACUCACUUCUAUCCGUUCUCAUAGCUGCUUCUCGUUUUCUUCUUCUUUUUUUCUUUUUUCUUUUUUAUCUUUUUUUUUCCUUCUUUUCUACAACGGAAGGAUGACCGUGACGACUGG